AUGCGUGCAGCCAUACUUCUCUCGUUGUCGACAUUAUUGCUAAGCGUGCUUGCUUCGGGGUCGAUUAGAGGGACAUUUGAAACAGGAGCGUUGGCUUUCAAUCCAUAUGGCCCUUUUCAAGUCUUCGGAAAUGCGAGCAUUGGUCCUGAGUUGACAGUAGAACAUCUUUUUUUGGACCAGUGGCCGACGGGUGUCGGCGUGUCUUCAACGGGCAAGAUAUAUGCGACCUUUCCCACAGACGUUAAUUCUACCAAUUCGAAAUUUUCUCUCGGUAUCAUCACCAGCAACACGACGGAAGCAGCUUUUCCCUCUGUCGAGGUCAAUCAGCCACCUACGGGGUUCCUCUCUUCCACGGAUCCAUCUCAUUUCGGCUCGAGCGAUAGCGAUCAUCUCAUCAGCGUGCAAAGCGUGGUUGUGGAUGCGCUCGAUCGUGUAUGGGCCCUUGAUUCUGGGCGACCUCUUCUGAAUGCACAGUCGCUGCUCGGGAGCGAGGGUGGUCCCAAGCUGGUCGCAUUUGAUCAGAACGGAACAAAGCUAGCCACCUUCGUUUUGCCCGUUGGAGUAGCAUUCCCGGACUCGUAUUUGAACGAUGUGCGCUUCGACUUGAGAACCAGUACGCUACCGGCGGGCAAGGGCGUCGCAUACAUCGCUGAUUCGAGUAACGAGGGACGGAACGGUAUCAUCGUGGUAGAUCUGGGAACCGGAAAGGCUUGGAGGCACCUCGAUAGUGUCGCGCUGACCAGGGCAGAUGAUAAUUUUAGAAGCUCUUACGAUGGUCGACCGUUGCAGCCUGUUACGCCAUCUGGCAUCUUCACGCGUAUCACCACGGGAGCGGAUGGAAUUGCCCUGAGCAAUGAUGGCGAAUUCCUUUACUUCACCCCACUUGCCUCGCGACGCUUAUACCGUGUCCCGACCUCUCUGCUCCUUGUACAACCAGGACCUGUGCACCCGAAUGCAGCCAUUGCCGCCAUUGCCGGAACUCAGUUCAUCGGAGAACUGCCUAGCCACGCGAACGGCCUUGAAACGGAUGCAAAUGGAUUGAUCUAUAUCAGCGCACCUGAACACAAUGCCAUUACCAUUCUUCAUCCCGACACCGGCCUCUUGGAGACCCUUGUCAAGGAUCCUAGGAUUCAGUGGCCUGAUACACUAUCGGUCGCAACCAAUAACCGCCUCUAUUUUACGUCGAAUCAAUUAUUCUUACAACCGUCCUUGAACAACGGAACCGACUACCGCGUGCCUCCCUUUGGGAUGUUCAGCGUGCCUAUUGGAGCAGGAAACGUCCAGUUGGUGUGA